AUUGUGAUAUUGCGGCUGCGGCUAGUCUUUGCAAUAGGAGGGCGACCUCCUAGGCAGAGUUCUUGAGUUUUUGGAACUCACGAACCGUGAAUAGCUGGGAUUGGACUGUAAAUAGGUGCAAUCAUACUGGUCUGCUGGUCUUCUGGCCAGAAUUCCUUUUUUAAAUUUAAAAUGUCAACAAUUUCCUAUUCAGAGAUGCUUCGCAGGGAGAAAGCAAUUAUUUUGGAAGCAAUGCAGGAAUCUACAAAUCGUUUGAAAGAAUGCUUUCCAAAUGUUACUGACGAAAAGAUUGGGAAUGAUCUCGCCAGACGAGUUCAAAGUGGUUUGCUCAGUUUCAAGGUAAAGCCUAGACGGUUUCAACCCUACUAUGCGUACCUACGUAAAUAUAAGGGUAAAGGUGCUAUUGCUGCAGCUAAGGAUUUUAAACAGAUGACCGCAGAAGAGAGGGAGCAUUGGAAUUCUUAUUAUGAACAAUCCGAACAAUUGUUGACUCCUACGGUGCAACGAAGUUUGGGUUAUCGCUUCCGUACUAGAACGGAUUACAGUAACUUUUACAGGUUAAAAGCUUUACUGGAAAAGAUCGGCCGGGAAUCAGAAGCCCAUGUAGUUUGUGCGGUUGUGAGAAAGGUAGUUGGGUACAACCGUGCCCAUUACGUGAUCUCGGGGACCGAAGCUGGUGAGGGUUUUUUGCAGGAGUACGAAGAUAGGAAUGGAGGUUCUCUCAGCUCCAACCUUGAGUAUUUUGCUGAGAGACACAAGAGUGUUGAGGAAGGACAAGGUCCUUCAUAUAAAGUGACCGAAAACCCCCCGGCUACUAAGCAAAAGAGGGUGACAACGUCAAAGCAUGACAUGCAAAGACAGGAUUUGAGGGAGGCUAUUCUUCUCUUGAUCAACGAGACAAGGGCAGGUAUCACUGAUAAAGAGAUAAAAGAAGUUCAGUGGUCCUCCUUUAAAGAAGCACCAUAAUUGGCUUUAUAAACAAUAAUGGAAAUAAUAAUCAAUUAAUUGUUGAUUGGCUAACACCAUAUACCACGUAUCAAGAUACACAGAAGGGUUUAAGAAAAGCCUUCAUCACUACUUAUGACAAGCUUUUCCCCCAUAAUAAAAAAAAACAUAUCACUGAAUUUGAUAUUAGUGCGCAGUAUCAACAGUCUCAAGCUCAAAAAAGUAUAAUCAUAGAUGGUAUCGACUCUUUGGCGGCUUCUACCACUCAUGCAAAGAAGAAAAUAAAACUCAGAUUGAUAUGUAGCAACACAGAGUCAGAAACAGGUGAAGGAUCAAGCUCCCAUUCAAAUUUGACAACCAGAUUAGAUGAAGGGUCCAGUUCAAGUACAGAUACAGCAUUCACCUCACCCCACUAAUUUAAAAAAUUAAAGAUCAUUUUGACCUCCGUGCAAGCUAAAUUUUGACGUCAAAUUUUCAUUUUACUGGU